AUGCAAAUUCAGACCAAAACAUCAUCUCCACCGAGUAACCAUGAAACUUUCAAGUGCAUUCUCUGCUCUUGUGCUUCUCAUGCUGCUUGUCUCAGCUUCAGAGGCUGCAAUUUCAUGCAGUGAUGUGAUUAAGGACUUGAAACCUUGUGUUAGUUACUUGGUGAGUGGGAGUGGGAAGCCACCAGUUGCUUGUUGCUCUGGAGCUAAAGCUCUUGCCUCUGCUGUAUCAACCUCAGAGGAUAAGAAAGCUGCUUGUAACUGCAUCAAGUCCACUGCCAAAAGUAUCAAAAUGAACUCACAAUUGGCUGAGGCUCUUCCUGGAAACUGUGGAAUAAAUACGCCCAUCAGUGUCUCCCCUGAUGCAGACUGCUCCAAGGUUGGUUAGAGCUUCGAAGUUGGAACUUGAGGAGGGUGUUCAGUGAAUGUUGAACAUUUUUCUACUGGCAUAUCAUGUGUGGGAAUAUAAAACAAUUUUGUAAUAAACAGGAAUCUACCCAUGGGAAUUUCUUUAUUAUGUCCGUGUUUUUGUUUUUUAUAUGUUGUUUCCAAUCUAUCUAUUACUCCCUCCGUUCCAAUUUGUUUGUUGUUUUAGCUUUUGCUAGAAAUUUCAAAAUGGUUGUUGUUUUAUA